UGUGGGCAGGAUAUUUAUCAACACUUUUUCUUUCUGCCAGAACAAGUGGAAAAAUCUUUGGCGGCGAUGCAGUUUGAAAAACCAACGCCCAUUCAAUCAGCUGUGAUUCCGAUUGCAUUGGAUGGUAAAGAUAUUUUGGGAUCAGCUCAAACAGGCACAGGAAAAACAGCAGCCUUUGGAAUUCCGAUUGUUGCCAAAUUGCUCCAAUCUCCUAAGGGAUCUGCUUUGAUCAUAACACCAACCCAAGAGCUUGCGGUUCAAGUGUUUGGUCAAAUCAGGGAUAUUCUUGGCAAAGGGUCUGGUAUCAAAACAGCCUUGUUAAUCGUUGGUGAACCGAUGCCAAAACAGUUUCGUCAGUUGGAUCAAAAACCUCGUUUGAUUGUCGGAACGCCUGGUCGCAUUAACGACCACUUGGAACGCGGUCGUUUGAAUUUGAACGAUUGUGAAUUUCUUGUUCUGGAUGAAACAGAUCGAAUGUUGGAUAUGGGCUUUUCUAUUCAAAUUGAUCAAGUGCCUAAACACUUGUCUUCUAAACGGCAAACACUUUUAUUUUCUGCAACAUUACCCAAAAACAUCAUUCGUCUCUCAAAAAGGUACUUGGAAGAUCCAGAACGUAUUUCUGUGGGGUCAACAACAGAACCUGCUAAAAAUAUACAACAAGAAAUUACUCGCGUGUCAGAAGCAGAAAAAUAUCAGAAGUUUUUAGAAUAUCUAGAAUCGUCUGAAGGGUCUGUGAUUGUUUUUUCUAAGACAAAAUAUGGUUCCGCAAAGAUGGCUGUUAAAUUGUCUAAGGCAGGACACCGUGCGGAUGCUUUGCAUGGAGAUUUGCGCCAGAAUAAACGAGAUCGGGUGACAGCGUCCUUUCGUAAAGGGAAAUUUCGUGUGCUGGUUGCAACAGAUGUCGCUUCACGCGGAUUGGAUAUUCCCCAUAUUGAGCACGUUGUUAAUUAUGACCUUCCUCAGUGCCCAGAAGAUUAUAUUCACCGUAUUGGUCGCACAGCCAGAGCGGGCCGUGAGGGAAAAGCAGUUUGUUUUCUGUCCCCUGCUGACAAGAAAAAAUGGAAAGCGAUCGAACGUUUGAUGGGGCCGAAUACUGCUGAAGAACCCCUAGAAACCUCACAAUUAGAAGAGGGGAAGGCAAAGCCUUCUGACCAAAAGAAAAAAUCAAAAAACUCUCAUAAGCCUUUUCGUAGCAAAAAAAGAUCUCUUGAAGGGGGACAGAAAAAAUCUCCUGGAGAGAAGCGCCAAAGGGCCUUUUCAGGAAAGAAGAAAAAGCCUUUUUCGGGGAAGAAAAAGUUUAAGCUAAAUCGAUCCAAAUCUGAAAGAUUCAAGAAAAAGGCAGCUUAA